AAAGUUCUCCGGAAAAAGACAUACAAUUGUGGAUUUGCUCUUGGAGAAGUGACACAGUCAGGUUGUUGACUUGGAACGAGUAAACAAACUACUAUGGCAAAGUCCUGAAUCGCCGAUCAAUAAAGGAAUAGGCCCACCAUGUCCAAUAUACUAAGAUUUUUUGCACAUAUCGUCCCAUACUUCACUCCCAACAAUUUAAAUUAGUCGACGUUCUCCCACUUCCCACUUCUCACUUCUCACUUCACACUUCAUCAUCAUAAUCUCCCCACUCUUCAACCAGACCAUCUUCUUUUCUUUCUCCGCCUUAUAAAACCCCAUAUAUAAUCCCUCCCUCCCGUCAAUUUUCCCUUUCUUUUAUAGAUAAACUCUAUGGCUCUUGAAGCUCUAAAUUCCCAGUCUCCUCUUUUGCAUAGUAAUCAUGAUUUAGACCUUCACUCUGCUGAGUCUUGGGCUAAAAGGAGACAAACUAAGCGCCCUCGCUUCGAGAAUUCACCUACCGAAGAAGAAUACUUAGCUCUUUGCCUUCUCAUGCUCGCUAAAGACACCACCACCAUACAGGACGAUCUUGACCACAACCGUCGUUAUGAAUGCAAAGUUUGCUACAGAACAUUUAGGUCUUAUCAGGCUUUAGGCGGACAUAAAGCUAGUCAUCACCGAAAACCUAUAGCAACUGACAACAACCAAUCUGUCACAACUUCUUCCUCUAUUGCUACUUCAAAGACAGCUAAUUCGGUUAGUUUAAGUGGUAAGACUCGAGAGUGUUCCAUCUGCCACCGAACUUUUCCCUCCGGACAGGCUUUGGGUGGACACAAGCGGCGGCACUAUGAUGGUGGCAGUGGUGGCGGAGUCGGUGGGAGCAGCAGUGAUGGAGAUAACAAGGGUUUGAAGGAUGUGAACUCCAGAAAUACCACUACAAUUAGCCAACGCAACUUUGACUUGAAUUUACCUGCGAUGCCGGAAUUUUCAUUUAUUGGCGUUGACCGGCAUUGACCGCAAACCAAAAAAGUCAACUUUCCAGUGAGCAAGAGGUAGCAGUCGCUUAUUGAAAGAGAAUUAGGCAAGGAACACGCAGUGAUGCAUGGAAUGAGCAUGUGAUCAGAACUUGAUCCUGAAAUUAUUGGAAUGGACUUUCUUUUCCCUG